CAGGAUACUGUACCAAACAUUGCUCUAGACAGUCGAAGACCAGCGACCAGAGUGAAUUCACCUAUACCAAUUAUAUUUUUAAAUCCAUCGUCGGAGCUAAGAUCAUUCCUAUCUACCCAAUUAACCAUUCAUACCGAUAUACCAUUAAUUCCAGUUGAUCCGUCUUGGACACUAUCAGCCUACAUUCCUACGAGCCUAUCCUUGCUAAAUUCUAACUCGUUAUGAACCUGUCAGACACCAACCUAACUAAACGAAGCCCUUCAGAAGACUCGCCCGAGGAAGACUCGAGUAAGAAGCGCAACCGCAGCACGGUGUCAUGCCUGGCAUGUCGGCGUCGCAAGAUCAAGUGCGACCGCGAGAAGCCGUGUGCGUCGUGUAAGCGGCGCAACAUCCCUGCGGGGUUGUGCACGUAUGACGAGUCUCUCUGGGUGUCGGUGCUCAACAAGGAACAGCGUCAGAACGAAGAGUUGGAGACGUUAAAGAGUCAGGUGGACGAGUGUCUCGACGCGUUGGCGCAGGAGCGCACGCGCGCGGCGCAGGAGGUGCGCGCGUUGAAUCAAAAAAUCGAGGGGUUGACACGCGCAAGCCAAGAGCUGCACGCGUUCGUGUCAUCACAACCUCCACGUCUUCUGCCUGACGGCCGCCUGCUGCUUGAUAGCGGCCUUCUGACAACUCCAGGAUAUUCUACUGCCACCCCCAGCUUUCCCGGCGCCACGCCGUACAUGUCCAAUCCAUUGGCAUCCACACCGUCAUCAAGUUGCGGCAAUGCACACGACACAGAAGAUGUGGGAGACGUGCGUGGCGGUCCACACCUGCCCGAGCGCAACCCGCUCGUCGCAUACGACAAGGUGGUUAAUCUCAAUAAGUACACCUUUACGCACACCAAGGUAAACCGUGUGAUCUUCUUUGGGCCCACCAGUUGGCGUGUAAAUCUCCACUGCGACUCGUCCUUGCACCCGGUGUUGGCGCCCUUCUACUACCUUGUCAAGAUGGACCGCCAAAAGUGGAAACAGCAGAAGGUGGCGCAGGGCGCGAUUGUGCCUGACUAUAACCUCGCGUGGAAGAGCAGCACUGUGCGGGACAUGACAGAUUUUUUGGAGCAGAUUCUUCCCAGAUACGAGUUUCUCCAGGAGCGGCUCGAAGUGUUUUUCGAUUCAGUGCAGUAUUUGUAUCCAUACAUUUCAAAGGAGGAAACGUUCCGAAAUUUUCGGACAUUUAUACAGCCUGUCGGGAUCACAGGUAGUGCAGGAACGUCUUCAAACGCAUCGUCGUGCGGGUCGCCCAAUAGGGCCGCGGGCGACACAAGCACAAACGCGGGCGACAUCCGUGUGAAAAUUCAUGUGACCAAGAAAUACCUCGACUUUGCGCACAUUGCGCUUCUUCUCGCGAUUGUCGCGACAGGCUGCCUCUUCAACAAGAACCGCACAUUUGCACAUACGGACGCGGCGUUUACGGACCCGCGGCACUACGUCAGCCUCGUUCUUCGCAGCUUAGGCGCCGCACGCGCAGUCGAGAAAUCCUCCUUUCAGGCGCUCCAGGCACUUCUCCUCCUCCGCAGCUUUAAGCAGCAUGAUCCUGAUGACGGUGAUGGUGGUGAUGGGUCCAACGGAUCGCUCCUCUUCAAAAUGGCGAUGAGUAUGGCUCUUACGCUUGGGUUACACAGAUCCCCCGAAACCAUCGUGCUAGCCAACGCGGAUUACCCCGUAGAGCUCCACAAACGUCUCUGGAAGCACCUCUUGUACUUAGAUGCGACUCAGUCCUGUGACUUGGGGAUCCCGCUCUCGCUCGAUGUGUCGUACUACACAGAACGUGACGAUGGCAAAAGCACCUUCAAGGGGAGCAGUGCGAAGCUGGAUAGGACGGUUGUGCGACCAUAUGAUCUCUUUUACCGCGUCACUCCAUUGAUUGCAGACAGUGUGUUAUUCUACACGACACUCACGCGACAGGUGCGUGUACUGCAGAUCGAGGAGAAGAUCCGUGGCAUGGAGCAGUUUAUGCGUGAGGAGAAGCUUCUCGGGAGCAAACCGUGUGGCGCGGACGAGCUCACGCGUGCGGUGUGGAUCAUGGUCAAGUACCAAGUGCUCGACCUUAUCCUGGCAUCCUACUACCUCAUUUAUCUUGAGAGCGACUCUACCCUUACUGAUAAUUUUUUGAAGUACCUGUUGAUCUCUCACCGCUUUUCGGAGAAUAUUAUGGAGAUGUUGGAGGACAAGGAGAGCAACUACAUCACCGAGCGCGUGAUAUUUCCGUCGAUGAAGCGGUGCAUUAUCCGCUCGCUUAUCACCAGCUGCUCGAUCUUGUUCAACAAGCAGUACUUUGGGAACAAAGGAAACGAAAAAUCGCUUCGAGAAUUCACUGUCACUGACUUGGAGAAUUUGCGGUACCCUUGCUACGCGGAGGUUGCCGCGAAUCCCGAGCUUUCGCGCUCGUUGCUAAAGUUCAACAAACAGGCGAUCAUUGAGUUUGGUUACAAUUUUGCGUCGUCCAAAAAGUCGAAUCUCAGCAAUUUCUACGGCUUCUUCAUCUGCCAGCGCUUUUGUCUUUUGGUCAUCAAGUACAUCAAGGACAAACAGCUGGCAAUCGCGAAUGAACAGCGUGCGAGUUUCCAUAUGUUGGACCCCUCCCCACCUGCCCCCAGCGAUGAACUCGAUAACCCUUUUGACAUGGCUUUGCCCUUCUCCAUAUCUGACGAAACUAUCAACGGAUUGAUGCUGUUUAGCCCCGAGGAUUUUGCCAGGCAGACCCCAGGGCCACACUAAAUCACGGAACAUUUAUUAUUGCGAAUAUAUGUAUCUUGAUUUCUAUCAAAAUGUAACCGGGUUGGUGCUCCAUUAUUAAUCUCAGUGUAGAGCAGUGGUCAGCAUCACGGUUCGCUAGUGUUGAAUUUCUUCAUUUGUAUCCAAAUUUACAACUAAAUGGGGAAUACUGAACUGCUACAGAAACACGGAAACUCAAUAAAUUUGCUAGAUACACACAAGCUGUAUUUUUUACUUAUCCGUACAGAGAAUUCAUUUGUAUCGAAUGUGACAGCUGACAAAAAUAACGCAACCAGAUCUCUUAAUUUUGCAGUUUGCGCCCUGAGCUUGUCUUGCUUUUAGCCAUGUAUUCAAAAUGAGUCAGACCAUCUGGGUUCCAGUAGAUUUUCAGGGUUGCAAAUAUUGCGAUGAAGAAGACAAGGGUAUAUCUUAAAAGAGAUAGGCGAGAUAGUGAAUUAACUAUAACAUUAUGAGGGUU